GGUGGUGGGGCCAGGCAGGAGGUGGGAGGCCACAUCACCGCAGUGCCACGUCCCCUCAGCCCCGUGUCCCCCAGCCCUGGCCAUGGCUGGGCUGCUCCAGGCCCUGGUGAGUGCCUCAGAGAAGGCUGCGGAUAUCGCCCGGCUGUGCCGGCAGGAGCAGCCGCUCUUCCAGCUCCUGGUGGCCGAGAAGACAGGACCUGACCGGAACCAGAGGUUUCUGCAGGACUUCAAGACGCUGGCAGAUGUCCUCAUCCAGGAGGUCAUCAAGCAUGACCUGGGGAAGGAGUUCCCUGAGCUGCAGGGCCACAUCCACGGCGAAGAGUCCAGCGAGUUCAGGAGCCCUGAGGGGGAGAUGGUGACGGUGCGGGUGUGCGCCACCCCGGAGGACACGGCAGCGCUGCUGCUGGCGGUGCUGGAGCCUGAGCGCAAGGCCGCGGAGCUGCUGUCGGAUGCUGUGCACCGUGACGUGGCACUGGCAGAUGCGGCGUUGGCUGGUGUGGAGCUGAGCAUCCCCCCACAGGACCUGGCCAUCUGGAUAGACCCCAUCGACUCCACCAACGAGUACAUCCGUGGGAGCGAGGAUGUGGGCCCCAUUGAUGGCAUUGCUCCAGCUGGGCUGUGCUCUGCGCUGGUGCUCAUCGGUGCCUACAACCGGCACACGGGCUGCCCUGUGCUGGGUGUCAUCAACGAGCCCUUCUUCCAGCGGGACUGCAAGACACGCAGGUGGCAGGGCCGGUACCACUGGGGUGUUGCUUAUGGGGACACGCGGCUGAGCUCACUGAGCCCCCCAGUAUCGUCGCGGGUGCCACGCGUGGUGCUGAGCCGUGCCGAGGCACCAGCAGUGCGGGCAGCGCUGAAGCCUCUCUGCGGCGGGCGCCUGCUCUUCGCUGCUGGUGCCGGGUACAAGCUGCUCUGUGUCAUCCUCGGGCUGGCAGACGUCUAUGUGCUCUCGGAGGGCAGCACCUUUGCCUGGGACGCCUGCGCUCCUCAUGCCAUCCUGCGUGCCCUGGGCGGGGGGAUCGUGGCCUUGGCAGGGGCCCUGCAGGUGCGGCGAGCAGGGGGCAUCGGGACCCCCCCUGAGCUGGUAUACAACUGCCCCAUAGAUGGGGCGGAUGGGGCUGAGCGCUGGGCAAACUGUGGCGGCCUUGUGGCCUAUGUGGACCCCCAGCACCUUGAGGCCGUGCUGGCCACGCUGGACACCAUGCCGAGGCUCUGAGAGCAUGGGGGCUGGGGGGGUGGGUCACAGGGUGGCAGGACCAGGGUAUAGGGUGUCUGGGACCAAGGGUGGUGGGUCACUGGAUCGUCAGGUCGUAGAGUAUAGGACAUCAGGGAUCUCUGAGUGCAGUGUAUGACGUGUCUGGUACCUCAGGGUGCAGCUUACGGGGUGUCGGGGACCUCUGAGUGCAGACUUUGGGGUUUUCAGGGGGUGGACCAAGGGUGGCAGGAUGCUGGGACCCGGGCUGCUGUUGUGGGGUGUCCGGGAUGCUGGGGAUGCAGUUAUGGGGUCCCAGCUGCGGUGUCUUUGCGAUGGGAGCUCUGUGGUACUCCCCCGCCCUCCAAAGUCCCCCAUUAAAGCAUCCCCCGCA